ACGUUAAAAAGUUAACGUAUAGUCUGUGAUAUUUUUUAGUUUUAAAUACCGUAAACAUGUCGAUCCACAUCAAGGACUCCGAAGACCUGAAGAACAGGCUGGCCGAGGCUGGCGAGAAGCUGGUGGUGAUCGACUUCAUGGCCACCUGGUGCGGGCCGUGCAAGAUGAUCGGGCCCAAACUAGACGAGAUGGCCACGGAAAUGGCUGACAGCCUGGUCGUCCUCAAGGUCGACGUGGACGAGUGCGAGGACAUCGCCACCGAAUACAACAUCAACUCGAUGCCCACCUUCGUCUUCGUCAAGAGCAGCAAGAAACUCGAGGAGUUCUCCGGAGCAAACGUGGACAAGCUCAGAAACACCAUCCUCAAGCACAAGUAGACGUUUGGUGUACAACGCGCUGCCCAGGGCGUAUGACACCACCAUCAAUGGGACUUGAAAGCAUUUAACAUGACUGGUCCAGUCUCCUAAUGUCCCCACGUACAGCCAGCGUCAAAUAAUUCCUGACACCCNUGACACCCAAAGCAGCCAAAAGUUCGCAAUACAUCUUUGUUGCAAUCGGAAUAAGGUUGUGUUACUUUCUGGCCACUUUAGGUGUCACGAACUUUUUGACGCUGACUGUAAAACUGCACGGUAACAACAGUCGACGGGUGGUGUCAUAUUCCAAUAUACGUCAUAAUAAAUAAUACUAGUACAUCAUGCUGGCAUAUACCUACUGUAAUAAAUUUAACAUUUUUAUCUCCUUAAAUUAUUAACUAUUCAAGUUCAGUAUUUAUUACGCUGUAACGACGUUUUGUAUGGAAAACUUGUGUUCAGAUCAGCCUUCUCACUAUGGGUUUUGAUGACACUGACGCACUUAUUGAAAUUUAAUGAAGAUGUAUAUUUUUAGCAACGUUUUUGGUGUGUGGUGUCCUUCGUCACGGUG